UCUGACGGGCCUUGAAAAUUGUUUGGGAUAGAUGGAUCGUUCUUUACAAGUAGCCAUCGAGGCAGCUACUGACCUUCCAAGUGAAAUAGGAAAGAUUGAGCAACAAGUUUCCGAGAUGGUUAUGUGUUGUGAAGAGUUGCGUAACGCAAGCCGGCUAUUUGUUGGUAUUCAGAGUGAAGACGAGUCGAAAGUUUUGUUGAAAAUAGCAAGUUGUACAGCAAAACUGAAGUGGUUGAAUAGGGAGAGUCACUUAUCGCUGGAAAGUUGCAAGCUUGCUGUUCAGAAACAUAAGGAACAAGUGCAGAACUCCCAGAUUAUUUUGGAAAAUUAUUUGUAUCAAAGAGAACAGUUGAAGGAGGAAAUCGCCAGCUGUCAAAGUUACCGUGGUUUGAUAGAUGAAAUUUCCCUCAUUACUUUGGAAGAAGCUAGUCUCAGCGUUCCAUCGGAGGAAGGGUUAGAUAGCUUCGAAUAUGAGCACCAAGUGAUGCUGAAACGAUUGGAAGCGGAAAAAGAAAGGAGACAAAGUUUGCUGAACCAAGUUGAAGAGUUGAAGCGAAGAAAAAGUGAUAUGGAAUCCGAACUGAAAGAGUCUCGACAGUUUUUGGAGAAUCUUCCAAAAGAGAUUGAAAAGAUUCACGUAGCAGCUAAUCGUGUUUCAACUUUCUUUUUUGAUUAUGGGUUUGCUGGUCGUUUCUUUAAUUUUCUUUGUGAAGACUCUUUGAAAAGGAUGUUUCUUCUACCUUUUCCUUUGUAUGUUUUGGCACGCCAAGCUUAUGCAUUUCAACAUACUUUUCAAUCAGAGCAACAUUUGCAUUUUCGUAUGGAUAUCGUUGGAGAUACCGUUGCUGCAGAGAGUAUUUGUGAUGCAUUCAGCACUCGUUGGAAGGAACAUGAGAAUUUAUAUCAAAUGCAUCCUCUACAAGUACAGUUAGAGUUGGGAGGCCAACCUAAGGGAGCUUUGGAUUCUACUUUGCAAAAGACAGUGACGGUCACUUUUUCCUAUUUGUUGUGUUUAGAGAUUGUAGUUGUUUCAUGUAGUGGAAAUGCAAGUGAUGGUAAUUUAAUAACGGAACAAUUUGCUUUCUUAUUUCCUGGAGAUGAUGGAAGUCAUUCUCCGAAUCCAACCAAUCAUUACCUCGAAGAAGGCAAGUUUCAGUUUCAACCUAGUAAAGUUGGUGGAGCUCGACCUUUUAUUUGGGCACAGAUUAUAUGUGGACUUGGCUUUCCAUUUGAGUUAAAUCUUUCUUCCUCUACGAAGGAUGCAAAGGAAUGGCUCCAAAAUGCAUUGAAUUAUUCAAAGCAUAUCGUAUUAGGUGCCGUGAUAAAGGCAUUAGUAGCUCGGAACUACUUUCUACAAUCACUUUCCACCCAAUUGGUGAGUCUUCAACGUCUCAUUGUUCCUGUGAAUGCGAAAGAGGCACAACUACCGGGAGAUCCUCGUUCAGAGUUAAAGUCUUGGUCAGAGCUUAUUGAUAAUCAGGAGUUUGCAAGUGGCCCGACCAAUUCUUCCUUUUAUUCAUUAACUGGUACACGCAAAUUUCUUUUAGAGAUUCAAUCGGAAUCUAUACAUUUGAGAGGAUUGGUGGCUGUUUGUCCUGAUUAUCCAUUAACAUCACCGUAUUGGUCUUUGAAAUGUAUUCGUGGUCCAUUACAAGACAGCGAUUUGCGCGAUAUUGAAAGAGAAUUGUGUUCCUUUACAGAUGAGAAUUUAGAAGGAAAUGCGCUCGGAGAGAAUUUGUUGAGUAUCCAAGUUAAGAAACUUCAAGCUUGUGUAGAUAUUUGUCAAGAAAUCAACCGACCUUCUCCUCAUGAUAGCAUGAUUGAACGACCUCGUUGGGAUCGUGCCUUUCGUGGGAGAAUGAGAACCAAACCUUUUGUUUUCAACCCUGAAGCCAAUAUUUUUGAACCACGAAUAGGAAAUGUCGAUAGAGAACUUGAAAAUCUCUUUAGGACCAACGAAAGAGAAUCUUCAGGGAAUUUGUGGGAAGUGUUUCAAAGUGAUGUCAGGUCGAUAAUGGAUACUAUAGAGAAUGAACCAGAGUCGAACUCUUCAGAUGGCCUGAAACAUAUUCAGACGGAGACUAGGAAGCUUGUCAUAUCCCCCAACUUGAUUGAAAAAGACGUGACGAAGUGGACGCAAAAAAUAGAUUGUGCCAUAAGGUUGUUACAACUUUACAGAGUAGACUGGUCCAAUGAACAGUUCAGUGAAUGGAAGGAAGCGGUAGUUAGUUGUAUAAGGGAACUUGAGCUACUCUUUGAAAAUAGGAAAGCUGUUAUGGAGGGUUGGCUUGAAGCAGCUGCAACAAAAGUGUUUCCAACGCCACUUGAUUGUUCGAGCGAAGAGAUUGAAAGAGAACUUAUCAAUGCAAAGUUGCAACUUGCUCAGGUAGAAGAAGAAAAUGCUAAACUGGAGCUUGCAUAUUCUCGAUUGCUGCGAGAGGGAAACCAAGUGGCAGAGUCAACAAGCGUUUCUGAGUCCUUUAUGGAAAGGUUUCAAACUGCCAAACAAAGAGCAGAGGACACCGAUAUGGAAAGAGAAAAGUUGAACGAAGAAAUUGAAAGAGUACAGUCGCAGCUUUUUCUUUGUCGCAAGAAGAAUCAACACCUCUUGGAAGAGUAUAGAGCCUUAGAAGGAGAGUGGAACUGACUAGUUUCUUUUGUGGUUUAUUUAUUUCAAAAAAAUGGAAAUUUGCUUUUGUUUUUGGUCAAUCAUUGUGUUGUUGUUGUUGUACAAUUCGUUUUGAUAUCUAAAGUGUCUAGUAAAUGACAACUCGUUUAGUAUAAUCUAAUCUUUU